AUGAAGGAGGAGGCUGCUGAAGACGACCUCAGAAUCAUCUCAGAGUAUUUGCGUUCUAGAGAACGUCGUGGUUCACUAGUAAUACCUCCUGAGAUUGCCGCCAUACUCGACAAAAUCGAUAGUAUUGGGCUGCCCGCGAUUUUCCUUAAACCUGAAGGCGAGCGCACGGGGUCUACCGAGUGUGUGCCUCAAGUUCCAGCUACCGUCUCGCCAAAAGGUGUACACAAUUCCACUACUCAGGAGGUCCAAGACACUGCCUAUCUCGCACCGUCCCUUCCUCUCGAGUCUGACCAGGUUCAGGAGCGUGCUGGGGGACAAUCGGUCCGUCAUGGAACUGGGGACGCUCUAGCAUCACACACAAAUGAAUAUGCCGGUUAA